GAUCAUCAUGCGGGACCGCGGCCGGGGCUGCCCGGGCGGGCUCACGGAUCGCUCGGAGCGCUGAGCCCAGUAAGCGGAGGCCCCUCGCCCCCCGCCCGGCUCGCGCGGCGCCCCAGGCUGGGGGGAUGCCGCGCCCUCCCCACUGCCCCCGGCCUCGAAUAUGGGCGCAGCUGCCUCCAAGAGGAAGGCGCUGAGGAGUGAGGCCAUGUCCUCGGUGGCGGCCAAAGUGCGAGCAGCCCGAGCGUUUGGGGAGUAUCUGUCACAAAGUCACCCUGAGAAUCGGAACGGCUCAGAUCACCUGUUGGCUGAUGCCUUUGCUGGCCAGGACGAGUCCCCCGAGAUGCAGCCUGCCUCCCAGAACAAACGCCGCCUCUCCCUCAUCUCCGAUGGCCGCUAUGAAAGUGGUUUCUUGGAGGAGGCGGCAGGUGAGAAGGCAGCAAGCGAGGGCCCUAAGCCCAGGGUAUACACUAUCUCUGGGGAGCCACCCCUGCUGUCUGACCCCGAGGCAGAGGGCAUCGAGCUGUCAGUCAUAAAGGGCCGGCAUCGGGAAGAACACCACCACAGCCAACCCCUGCAGGGCUCGGGCAGCAGCGAGAGCGUCAGCCGGCCCUGCAAGAGCUGGGCUGGCAGUCGCCAGGGCUCCAAGGAGUGUCCCGGCUGCUCCCAGUUGGCCCCGGCCCCUUCCCAGCAGUCUUUUGAGCUGGACCAGCACCAGGCCCCUGAGCCCUCAGGCCGCCGCAAGAAGCUGGAGCGGAUGCACAGUAUCGACCGUGUGUCUGAUGAGGUCCCUGUCCGCACCUGGUUCCCCAAGGAGAAUCUCUUCAGUUUCCAGACUGCAACAACCACUAUGCAAGCCAUCUCGGUGUUCAGGGGCUACGCUGAGAGGAAGCGCCGGAAACGAGAGAAUGAUUCCGCAGCCGUAAUCCAGAGGAACUUCCGGAAGCAUCUGCGAAUGGUGGGCAGCCGGCGUGUGAAAGCCCAAACCUUUGCUGAGCGUCGAGAGCGGAGCUUCAGCCGGUCCUGGAGCGACCCCACCCCCAUCAAAACCGACUCCUUCCACGACUCCCGAGACAGCCAUGACCUCCAGAACUCCUGCUGCACUCUGGAUGAGGACCUUGAAGACCUGGACUGGGAGACUGAGAAAGAACAGGAAGCUGUGGCAUGUGAUUUUGAGGACUUCAUCCCACCCAAGGUCAUGCUCAUAUCUUCCAAGGUUCCCAAGGCUGAGUAUAUCCCAACCAUCAUCCGCAGGGAUGACCCAUCCAUCAUCCCCAUCCUCUAUGACCAUGAGCAUGCAACCUUUGAGGACAUCCUGGAGGAGAUUGAGAAGAAGCUGAAUAUUUACCACAAAGGGGCCAAGAUCUGGAAGAUGCUGAUCUUCUGUCAGGGCGGCCCAGGUCACCUCUACCUACUCAAGAACAAAGUAGCCACAUUUGCCAAAGUGGAAAAGGAAGAGGAUAUGAUUCACUUCUGGAAGCGCCUGAGUCGUCUGAUGAGCAAGGUGAACCCUGAACCAAACGUCAUCCACAUCAUGGGCUGUUACAUCCUAGGGAACCCCAAUGGGGAGAAGCUGUUUCAGAAUCUCAAGACGCUCAUGAUGCCCAACAGGGUGGCUUUUGAGUCUCCUCUGGAGUUGUCAGCACAAGGCAAGCAGAUGAUUGAAACUUACUUUGAUUUCCGGCUGUAUCGUCUCUGGAAGACGCGCCAGCAUUCCAAACUGCUUGACUAUGAUGACAUCUUGUGAAGCUGUACAAGGAGACUCUAGACCACCUGCCGCCCAGCUGCCCACCUUCCCCCUCGACAGCCACUGAUCGAGACACUUUGUUUUCUGGAUGGCCUGGUCAGGGCCAGGAAGGUGCCCUCCCAGCCACGUGGAGCCCAGAGGAGGUUAUGAAGAGGCCCCAUUGCAGAGCUGUUCUCAAGGGGCCGCAGCUGAGGGGCUGCACUGUGCCCAUUUGGGGCUAGGUUGUUUUUGGUGUCUCCUGCUCAGAAUUUGCCUCAGGUCCUUCCCAGACGUUCCAGAGCUCAGGUUUUCUUAUAGAACCAACCCAACGUCUGCACUAACUAACAGUGGGCUCUGAGGCCCACCAGGUAGAGCAGGUGGGGGACUCUCUUCCUUGCAGGAAGUUAAACUUGGCCCCCAAGAAAAUUCGAAGGCCAGACCAGGCCUCAGCUGGAGACCCACAAGGGUCUGAAACACUUGGAAACAGAAGCUUUGACUCCUGUAGGUUUCAUAGAAAAUAAGUGCACUUUUUUAAUCACUAAAGGGAUUUAAAAGCGCAAAAUGCUAUUUAAUUAGUUAAGGUAACUCACCAGUAGAUGAAGCGUUCCAGUCUGCUAGACAGUAUAUUCAGGAUAGUGAUAUAUCUUCUGUAGAAAUAUUUAAUCACCAGCAACGUGGUUUCCCUGUCGCUGGCGGCUCUGUUCUCUGUGCCUAGUCCCAAGAGCAGCUGGAGCCUGGUUUCUACGUGCCUGGCCCUGAGGGUAGCCAGUCUGAUUUCUUGUAUGUGUGGCACUAAAAGUGACUAGAGGAUGAUUUUUCCCCCUGUACUUGGCCCUGAGGUCCACAGGAGCCUGAUUUCUUGCAUAUAUGGCUCCAAAGGUGCCCAGCACUAAUCAUAUGUGCUUUUAUUCCUCCCCUUAGAAUUGACCUCUACUUCACUACUUGUAGAAGGCCAUUUGCCCGAGGUUUGCUCAAUUCGUGUAACCUAGAAGCAUCCCCCUGGGCUGUGGCUAGGACAGGAAGCCCUAGCCCCCUCAUUAGAAGCUUGUUGAGGCUGUUUGGCCCAGAAGGAUGUGGUCCCUUGCACAGCAAAGGGUUGAACCUCCUAGCUGCAGGAGAGACCUAUUAACUUAAGUAUUUUGGUAACCUCCAAGGAGGGAGCUGCCAGCCUAACAGUUUUUAUUAUUUGACAAGGUUGGCCCAGAGAUCUUUGUGGCUGUUGAGUUCUGCAUUUCUUGCAUUCCUCUGGCCAUCUCUGGCUCCUUUUGCUGAAAAAGAAGUAAGCAGGUUCCAUGGCUCUGGUUUCCAAGAAGCUGGGUUGGGUGCUGCCUCGAAGGAGAUGUUUUAGGAUUGGAGGUAGCCCCAUCUAAGCUCCAGAAUGUUCAUGAAGAAUGUCUGGGACCACAGGGGAGAGAAGUGUUUGGCCUAUAUGUCUAUCUCUUCCGAGUUACAGGGAGGCCAGAGAACACAGACUUGGUUUGGGUUGGGAACAAGGAAGGGCCUGAGCUUCUCACUACCUUAUGGGGUUCUGACUCUUCAGGACCAUUCCUUAGAGUGGAACUGUGUUGCUGCUGUGUGGGGGGUUUGGUGCCCUGGGGCUGGGACAGUGUAUGAUAUUAUUGAGAGAGAUGCCACAUUAAACCCUGACACAUGACCUCCUCUAUGCUGGAGCUACAUCCCUCUCUAUUUCCUCAGGAAUUCUGUCCCUGCCUUCUGUUUUCUACCCUUCACAUGAGUCUAUUUGUGAUUUUCCUGGAGGAAGUCACCCUGGACACCGGAGAGCCCUAUAUACCCUUUAUCUACCCUCUGGAUCUACCCCCAGUUCCUACCUACUAUUUCUGCUAUAUCAGAGAGCUUCCCUCCCCAACACCCACCCCAUUCCAUCUCCGGUCAACCCCAGGGCUUGAUCUGGCUUCAGCCUCCUAUCCCCAGCUCCAAACUGUAACCUCUUCCAUCCCUUCAUUUCACCUAAUCUUGACUUCAUGAUCUCCCAGCCCAACCAUAGUAGACACACUAUGGUCUGUAAGAGAAGACUGAUCUGGUUUGUUUCUAGUCACACAUGGGUUCCUUCAUAGGCCACCCUCUCAUCUGCCAAUGCAAGAUUGCUGUAUGAGGGGUAGGCAUAGCCCACCCCUCCAUCCUCAUUUCUCUCUGUUUCCUGGUACUAAGGGAGUGAGUGAGUAUGACUGUGUACAAUCCAACCAGCAUCCAUUAAGCACCUACUAGAUGCUGAGUACUGUGCUUGUCUGGAGAUACAUAUCCACAUUUGAGGAGCAGGAUAAGACACAGAGACAGAUAACUAAAAUAUUUUGUGCAAUAUAAUGAUAAAACCAAGUAUUAUGUGAACUCCAAGGAGAAAUGUCAUCAUGGUGGGGGGGUGGCAGGAGAAGGUUAUUAGGAGAUGACAUUUGAGUACAUAGUUAAAGAAUGAGCAGAAUUUCAACAGGUGAAGAAAGAAAAGGAAGGCAUUUCAGGCUCAGAGAACAGCAGCCUGAGCUAAGGCAUGGAGGUAUGAUGGCUCAGUGUGAGUAGACGAAGGGUAGAGAGGAAUCCAAUUUCUCUGAGGCACAGUAUAUAAGGAGGGCAGCCUUAUGAGAUAAGGCUGGAAAAGUAGAAUAGCAUGAGACUGUGAAUGGACAUGAAUGCCAAGCAAAGGCAUUUGAAUUUGACAGGUUGAUAAUAAAGAGCCAUUGAAAAAAAAUUUGAGCCAAGGAGUAGCAUUAACAAAUCAAUGCAUAGGGAAGAUUAGUGUGGUAGCAAUGUUGUGAAGGAUAAGCUAGGAGGCAACAAGUGAAGGUGGCCAUUGCAACAGUUAAGUGGAUGAUACUGAGAGCCAGUCCUAGGGUAGUGGCGAUAGAAGUAGGAAGAGGGAAUGUGGUGACAUUGACAGGAGUUAGCCAUUGAUUGGAUAUAAGUGGUGAGGGAGAGGAAAGAGUCAAAGAUUAGCCAGAAGUUACAAACCUUGGUAGAAUGGGUGAGCAGUGGUGCCACAGAGAGUAACAACGCCAUGUUUGAGAAAAAGGUGAGAUAGGUUUUGGACAUGUUGAAGCUUUUGAAGGUGUGAGUUUAGAGCUCAAAAGAGAGAGAUUUAGAUUUAGAUUUCAGAGUCACCUGCAUAGUGGUGGUUGGAGCCAUAGAAGUGAAUCAGAUUGCCAAGGGAGAAGGAGGCAAGUCCAUGUGUGUCUGUGUGUUAUUUGUGCAGCCAUGCUGCCAAAUGUAUCCCAGUUCCAAGCCCAGGCUCAAGAACUGGGAAUUGUGUUCUUUGAUGCUCCUGGGGCACCUGUCUCCAAUCCUGAAAUGGUCUUAUUUCUUUUCCUUCUUAUCCCCAAAUGAGACUCAGAGCAGUGAGUCCAAGAAUCUUCCUUCAGGCCAUUCUAGCUCUGGGGAGACUUGAAGGAAUGCCCUCUCCACAAGGCCCAGAAGCCGCACAGACCUCUCUUGACAGUGACCCACCAGCUCUGAAAAGUGGGUAGAAUCUUUUUAUCCUGGAGAAGAGGCCUAGAUGAACCCAUCCCAGGAUUCAUCUUCCCGGGGAGUCUUUGAUCCUGCUUGUCCCUGGGAGAUGAGGUGGGACAAGGCCAUGGGACACUGGCAUAUUGGCACUCAACAAAGGAAGAGAAAUGAGGAUCCAAUCAAGCAAGUAUCAGGGUCUUCAUGUGAAUGUGAGGGCCUGGAUAAACCCAGAUCUUCCCAAUGGCUGGGAAGGAGCUGGGGUCCAUAUCAUGGGUCAAGACUACGGUCAAGUAGGGUUUUUAAAGCUACUAUAAGAAUUAUAAAGUGCUUUUUCACACCAAUCCUGUCAGGUAGUACAAGUAUUAUUAUCCCAAUUUAACAGAUAGGGAAACUGAGUCCCUGAGAUAGUACUGCAAGUAUUAUUGUCCCAAUUUAACAGAUAGGGAAACUGAGUCUCUGUGAGAUAGUAUUAUAAAUGUUAUUAUCCAAACUUUACAGAUAUGGAAACCAAGUUCCAGAGAGGGGAAAUGACUUAUACUUGAACUAGGUCUCCUUAGUCUCAAUCUCAUACCCUUUUGGACACUUGGGAAGAAAUAUUCCAACAAGUAGGAGCUAAUAUUGAUAGUUGUGUCCCAAAGUCCUGGAGAUGGAGAAAAGGAACGAAGGAAGUAGAAGGUUCCCUGGAGGGGAUGAAUUUGGAUCUGCUUUUUGGGGAAGGAGAGGACCCAGGCUAGCAGGUGGUCGGAGUGUCCCUAGGGGAUGUGAGAGGCUGUGUACUCUGUCAGGAGGAAGGCCAAUAAGACCUUGAAUGCCAACCUGAAGAGUAAGGAUCUGGUGGCAGAGGAGCAGAGGAGAUUAGGUCAAGAGCAAUCCCCAGACAUCAUCCAUCCCCUGCUAAUGAACCAUGUUCCUGCUGUGCUUCUCCAAAGUGUCACUCAAAGCACACCCCUUCCAGGCAGCCUUCUAGGAUUACCCCGCUGGUAGUGUUCCCUCCUUCCUGUCACUAUAAAAUAGCAUAGUAUUAUAACAUUUAGAUCUCACAUGGUCCUUAGAGAUGAUCAGUGAGGCCCAGAGAGGGUGUGGCUUGUUCAAGGUCACUUAGUAGCAGAACUGGGAAUUCACCCAGGGCCUCUUGACUCCAAAUCCAGGGCUCUUAGGCACCAUCCACCUGUUAUGUCUGCCCUGAUUUCCCAAACCACCCUGGACAUUUAAAUUCCCUCUAAGGCAAGUGCUUUGUCCUCGUUUUCCCCACUGUGUCUAGGACAGGAUUCUUGCUCCACCUCCUUGGUGCUAACAUAUGAGUGGAAGGGCCAGAAGGGUGGAAGUGACCAGUAUCAGGAGGUUCUUGGAGGAAAGGAGAAAAUCCUGCUCUCAUUCUGAGGAUCUCCCUCAUCCUGGUACAAAGAAUGGCAGGGCCAUUUCAGUGCCCCUAGGGGGAAGAGGCUCAAAGUGGAGUCAGUGAGAAUGAUUCGUUUCCCUAGGAUUUCAGGAGAGAGAGAAACCAGUGAAGGAUGGAACAGGGAAGGGCAUAGUGGAGUGGGACAUCAAGAAUAGCUUAGCACUUGGCUGGGCUGAAAAGGGCAGGUGCACAGCCUGAGCAAAGGAAUACAACUGAGAAUGGGCAGGGGCAUGUUGGAGAUGCUUUGAGGAACCAAGCCUGGCAUGCCCUGAACGGGUUUGAUUGCUACUAUGGGCAAAAGGGUGUGUCUGUGUAUCUGUGUGUCUGUGUAUGUAUGUCUGUGUCUAUGAAACAGGAGGUGACAACUGUCAUCAACCAGAUGUCACUCUUACUCCCAAAUGAAUCCAUUAUUGCCCCACCUCCUAUCUCUUACCCAGCCCAGCAAUUCCGGCAGAUCUUAUUUUGCAAGUUCCUAGAACCUGCAUGGUAAAGCAGAUCAUGCUUCCCUGUUGGGAGCAAUAUUAUCCUUGGGAGUAUGUUCCCUGGGACAAUGGUGGUAUCAAAUAAAGCCUAGAUGGGA